AUGAAAUUCACACUGUGUAUUCUUGUAGCUCUCGUGGUACUCUGUAUCGCUUCCUUAGCAAAUGCUCAAUACGGUAAUGCUUAUAAUGGUGCCUAUGGUUAUCAAGGAGGAUUAGGUUCGAAUUAUGGAGUGGCUGGUGGAAAUUACAACUCGUAUGCAAGAAAUACACAAAUGUACAGCAAUCAGGUUGCAGCUGUGAAUUAUCAACCUUAUGCUGCGUAUGCCAGUGCCUAUCGAGGACCUUAUUACUAUGGACAAAAUUAUGGUAAUUACUAUUCCAUGCCAUUCUGGGGAUAUGGUGGUUAUCCAUAUUAUGGAGGUUAUCGAUGGUAUUAA